AUGGGUGGCUAUUUUUCUCAGCAAUGUCUCAGCGAAACAACUGAUUUCAGAUUCCCCGUGGAGAUUACUGAGGUCACACAGAAGAAUGUCACAAUGAUCAUCUAUGAGUUCCUCCAACAGAUCUUCCAACUAUUUAGCAAAAAUCUUCCUGUUGGUGCUUGGAAUAUGAGCAACAUAGAGAAAUUCCAAAAUGGAAUUCAUCAGCAAAUUGAAGAAUUAGAGAUAUGUUUGUCAGAAGAGCGAUCAAAAGCAAGAAAUAGCUUUCAAACAUGGAUCUUAAAAAGUACUACAUUCAGCGUGAAAAAGUACUUCCAAAGAAUCACCAAUUUCUUAAGAAAUAAGCAAUACAGUUACUGUUCCUGGGAAGCAGUCCAAAUGGAAUUGAGAACAUGCCUUAUAAUUUUUGACCGCCUUAUGAAAAAACACAGGUCAUAAAGAGAAUAUGCCAUUUGGACACUGCAUAGAUUUUAUUUUUGCUUUACUUCACUAAUGAAGAAAAAAGUACAAGAUGCAGAUACACACAAGGAAGACAGACCUUCCUGGAGUCCUG